GUAAAGUUAAUAUGUAAUCUUUGGUCACAAGUUAAGCACUGGAGAUGCCCAGAGGAACAUUGCACUUAGAUAAGCUGUCAACCUUGACUGGACAGACCAGUUCAGCUAGUAUUAUAGCUAUAUAGGGUGAAAAGCCACUGUAGUCACUUUAAAGAGUCAUUUUAAAGAAUGGAGAGCACCUGUACGAGUGAGACGAAGAGGCUUCUUCACCUGAAGAUAACCAUUAAGGAGGAGGCUCCCCACAAUGGUGUCAUGGAGCUGCUGAAGAUUCUUAGGCCUCAGUGGAGGACAGAGGACAUUAAGAUGAAGGUCUUCACAGAAGGCAUCACCAACCAGUUAAUGGGCUGUUACACGGGGUGCCUGUGGUCCUCGGAUGUGGUGCUGGUGCGAGUGUAUGGCAACAUGACAGACCUUUAUCUCGACCGGCGCAAAGAGAUGGAGAUGUUUCAGAUACUUCAUGAACAUGGCUGUGGCCCCAAAUUGUACUGCAGCUUUGAAAAUGGUAUCUGUUAUGAGUUUUUGCAGGGCAUGGUGCUGGAUGACACACUACUGAGAGAGCCUAUCAUUUACAGGCUUAUUGCAGAAGAAAUGGCAAAGAUCCACACCAUCCAGCCAUGGACCAGCUCUCCCCCUCAGGCUGUCCUUUGGACUAAAAUGUCUCAGUUCCUCCAGCUUGUUCGGGAUUCUGAGAAUAAGACGCCAAUGCUGAGUUCUUUGUGUCUGCCAGAGGCUGCCAGUGUGGAAGCUCUGAAAAGUGAAAUGAACGAGCUGAAAAGACGACUUGGUCACGUAUAUUCUCCAACGGUGCUGUGUCACAACGACCUUCUAACAAAGAACAUCGUCUAUAAUGACACAAAAGGCUCUGUGAAAUUCAUUGAUUAUGAAUAUGCUGAUUUUAACUAUCAGGCGUUCGAUAUUGCCAACCAUUUCAAUGAAUUUGCAGGUCUGGGCGACAUUGAUUACAGUCUAUACCCCAGUUUGGAGCUUCAGCAGGACUGGCUGACCACUUACCUGGAGCACCAUAAGAGCAGGACAGGCACGGCUACCUCAGGCUCAGAACGUGACGUGGAGAACCUGUACACCACAGUCUGCAAGUAUUCUCUGGCUUCACACUUCUUCUGGGGUUUAUGGGCAAUUAUUCAGGCCAGAUAUUCAACUAUCGAUUUUGACUUCAUCAAAUAUGCCCGUGCCAGAUUUAAGCAUUACUUUGAAAAAAAGGAAGAGUACUUUGGAAUGUAAAACACCAACGUGCAAACGUGAUACUAAAGCCCUCUUCUUACUACUGCAUCCCAAGGUUUUACUGAGCCAAGUUAGUAAGCAAUCAGCUAUCAGAGAUAAUGGAACACAUCCCGUUUAUGUGUGUAUUAUUUGUUCUUCUUUUACCUAUGGACUUUGAGUCAGUAAGAGAAAAAAAAGUGGGUGUGCAAUAAAAUUUCAAUCCCACAA